GUGGCGGGGCCCGGGCCCCGGGGCGGGCCGGGUUGGGUUGCACGGUGCGGCGCGGCGGUAGGGUCUGUCGCUGUGGGGAGGCAGGAAAAUGGCGCUGACGCAGGGGACCAAGCGGAAAGUCUGCUAUUACUACGACGGUGAUGUUGGAAACUACUAUUAUGGCCAAGGACACCCAAUGAAACCUCACAGGAUCCGGAUGACCCACAACCUGCUGCUGAACUACGGCCUCUACAGGAAGAUGGAGAUAUAUCGCCCUCACAAGGCAAACGCAGAAGAAAUGACCAAGUACCACAGUGACGACUACAUAAAAUUUCUGAGGUCUAUUCGCCCAGAUAACAUGUCUGAGUACAGCAAGCAGAUGCAGAGAUUUAACGUUGGGGAAGACUGCCCUGUGUUUGAUGGGUUGUUUGAGUUCUGCCAGCUCUCUGCUGGGGGCUCCGUUGCCAGUGCUGUGAAGCUGAACAAGCAACAGACGGAUAUUGCUGUGAAUUGGGCGGGGGGCCUUCACCACGCUAAAAAAUCAGAAGCUUCUGGCUUCUGUUAUGUCAACGAUAUCGUCUUGGCUAUCUUGGAGCUCCUAAAGUAUCACCAGAGAGUGCUGUACAUCGACAUUGAUAUUCACCACGGAGACGGCGUGGAGGAGGCUUUUUAUACCACGGACCGCGUCAUGACCGUGUCCUUCCAUAAGUACGGGGAAUACUUCCCAGGAACAGGGGACCUACGGGAUAUUGGUGCAGGCAAAGGCAAGUACUAUGCUGUCAACUAUCCCCUCCGGGACGGAAUCGAUGAUGAGUCCUACGAAGCGAUAUUCAAGCCGGUGAUAUCCAAAGUGAUGGAGACGUUCCAGCCUAGCGCAGUUGUCUUGCAGUGCGGGUCGGACUCUCUGUCAGGUGACAGGCUGGGUUGUUUUAAUCUGACCAUCAAAGGUCAUGCUAAGUGUGUGGAGUUUGUAAAAAGUUUUAAUUUGCCUAUGCUGAUGCUGGGAGGAGGUGGCUACACGAUCCGCAACGUGGCUAGAUGCUGGACCUAUGAGACUGCCGUGGCUUUGGACACUGAAAUUCCCAAUGAGCUUCCAUAUAAUGACUAUUUUGAGUACUUUGGCCCGGACUUUAAGCUUCACAUCAGUCCCUCGAACAUGACUAACCAGAACACCAAUGAGUACCUCGAGAAGAUUAAGCAACGUCUGUUUGAGAACCUGCGCAUGCUGCCGCACGCCCCUGGGGUCCAGAUGCAGCCGAUUCCCGAGGACGCAGUUCAGGAAGACAGCGGAGAUGAAGAGGAAGAAGAUCCUGAGAAGCGCAUUUCAAUCCGCAAUUCUGAUAAGAGAAUAUCCUGUGAUGAAGAAUUCUCCGACUCCGAAGACGAAGGGGAAGGAGGGCGCAAAAACGUCGCCAACUUUAAGAAAGCUAAACGUGUGAAGACAGAAGAGGAGAAGGAGGAGGAGGAGAAGAAAGAUGAGAAAGAAGAGGAAAAACCAAAAGAGGAGAAAGCAGAACCCAAAGGGGUGAAGGAAGAGACAAAAUCCACCUAAGAUGGCUGCAGCUGGACAGGACGUGUCAGUGCGUAGUUGUCGUAGGUUUAGCUUCUCCGGUUGCCUCCCAUUCCACAGGAUUUAUAUUUUAUAUAUGUUUCUGUAUAUAUUUCUAUAUAAAUAUAUAAAUGACUUGAGAACUGUAAAUUAUUCCUCGCUGCACUCCGCUGGGAGCAGAUAGGGAGGAUUCUGCGGAGUCGACAGACCUGCACUGCCCAGAUUUGGUGACUGGGACGUUUCACUCUUGCCUUCCACUGCCUCCUUAGUGUGUCUUUAGAAAAAUCACUCCCUUUCUUUGCUCUCUCCUUUCAAAUAACCGCCCUUGGAAACGAAUAAUUUAAGUAGAAGUAGUAUCUGCAUUUCAGGUUAGGUGGAAAGAUGGCCAUGAAUUUUUUUUUGUCUUACUUAUUUUGGAUGGGAGAAUACAAGUUCCCAAAUGAAGCCUGUGAGAGACCGACUAUUCCUUUGGUCUUCAGUUUGAUUCCACCAUGCAAGUAACUGCAAGCUGGUGCCGCUUCUCAGGGUCAAAUAGUGCAGUUCUUGAAUAGAGUUGGCUACCUCCCUGCAGCAAACUUGUGCAAAGAGACAUGAAGCAGCUCAAAAACCAACCCGUCAAGCGCUUUAGUGAAUCAGCCCGAGCGCAGAGCCGCAAAACGCAAAGUGAACAUCACCCGCGUGUGGUGAUGAAGGUUUUCCGCGGUCCUGCCGAUCCAGCAGCAUUAGGCACCUCGGGUGCGAGAAGGGAUGAAGUGUUUAUACCAUUUUGUAUAGCUGUGCCCCUCUGGGCCAGGGGGAGCGAGUUACUGCCCGUUUGGCCGCCUGCUUUGCUUUUCCCGCCCGUUCUGUCCUUUUUCGGCUCCGCUCUGUCCCCCGGGCUCAAACCACUGCGGCAAUCCCCACCUUGUCUAAAGGGCAGGUUAGCAGAGCCCCCCGAAACCUCAAAACCACCUCUCUGAGGUUACAAGUCUUUCCAAAUCGAAUCUUUCCUCUCACGGCCAGUAAACACGGAGAACCUUUUGAUCAGCCGUCUGAGCUGUUAUCUUCACAAGGGAACAGCAGAUGGGGCUCUGUGCGUUGUUCUAACUAUUCCUCUCCCCACUCCCACACCUUAUCCCACACCCCGAGCUCUUUUGUGACCAGAACUGGCUUUUCUUUGGUGUCUCCUUUUCCACAGCUGAGUUUUCGCUUGGCAGGAGUUUCGCAGGCGGUUUGGACUCGCUGCUCUCCUUUCUCAGGGGCAUUCCUCUGUCCACCAGAGGGUUUGUAGCUCCCACAGAGCGCUGCUGAUGGCUUCAACUCUAAUAAUGCUGCUAAUUAACACAGGUUAUUUUUUAAAUGUUUUAUUUUUUUAAAUACUUCUCCCUUUUCCACCGUGAGGUUUUUUAGUCUCUUUGAACCUGAGUGACGUGUCGCUCCCACUCUUCAGUGUUUGUAUGUGAAGCGAGAGAGAUCAGUGUAUCUUUGUGUCGGGUUGGGGGGGGGGAAACAUUGUGGUUUUUUAAAGAUGCUUUUAUUUUGAAUUUUGAGAAUCUUUGUAAUAAAACCAGUACAUUUCUA